AUGAAGUUAUGGAGAUGGUUGGAAAAUAUGUUGAACCUGUCAUUUUAUAUUGCGGGUUGGUUAGACAUUUGGAGAUUAAUGGGUAUAGAUGGUGCAGUUCAGUGCAAGAUUGUUAACAAAGUGGCGGUUGUUAGUCUUAUCAACUCGAUUUGGAAAGCUCAGAAUAUGGUUAGAUUUCACAAUAAUUUUAUUUUAUUUUCAUCUUCGAUUGCUUCCAUUUUGGCUUAUGUUUCUUCUGUUGGGAAUGCGGUGAGUAUAGGCUCGCAUAUUGGUAUGGAGGAAUUUUUUAUUCUCAAGAAAUUUCAGAUUUGUAUCACGCCUCCGAGAGCUCCUAAGAUCCGAGAGAUGCUUUGGCAGCUCCCUCCGAGGGGAUGGUUUAAGAUAAAUUGUGACGGUGCUGCUACUCCUAUAUCGUCAGCUUGUGGGGGUACUUCUAAUUCUCUCAUCGCCGAACUCUCGGGUGCUAUGCAAGCAAUUGAGUUCGCUCAUGAGAAGAAUUGGCGCAAAGUUUGGUUGGAAACAGAUUCAAUGGCAGUGGUUAAAGCAUUUAACCCUUUGUUUACUGUUCCUUGGAUCAUUAGAAAUAGAUGGAUUAAUUGUAUUCACUUAGUUUCUCAUUGGAAUUUUGUAGUGUCUCAUAUAUUUAGAGAAUGGAAUAGCUGUGCAGAUGCCCUUGCUAAUUUUGGUUUAUCAGUCACUGAUUCUACUCAUUUUACUUCUAUUCCUUUAUUUUUAAGGACGGAUUUUGUAAAGAAUAGGCUCGGUUAUACUCAACUCAAUUACCAUUUCUUUGUUGCCUCUUGCAAUGGCAUACUUUGUAUUGGUGAUGUUUCUAAAGGCUUAGUUUUGUUGUGGAACCCUUCCAUUAGAAAAAUCAAUGAGUUACCCCAUUUCAUAUCCCUCCGUGGUCGUUCUUCUAUUCAAACAUCAGUGGUUAAGGUUUAUGCUUUGGGUACCAAUUCUUGGAAAAGCAUUCCGAAUAUUCCUUUUGUUAAUCUCUCUAUUGGGAGCUCUGGAAAAUUUGUGAGUGGCACAAUUAAUUGGCUGGCCUAUAUGGAUUCCGAACAAGAAAUUGCAAGAUUAACUGUUUCUUUUGAUUUGGGAAAGAGUCUUUUCAUGAGAUUUUGCUUCCCGACCUUGGAGGGGUAG